AUGCAACUCGACGAGCUGAAUCGAAUCAUACCAUGGCGUCACGGAUUCGACAAUUCUGAGAGAAGUUAUAGCUCUGCGGUAAGUUGGGCUCGUUGUAAGUUGGGGUGUAAUCCACAGAAAAAGUUGAUGAAAAAAGAAUAUGAUAAAAAUUAUUAUUUGAAGAAUAAAGAUAAAAUAAAGGAAAGGAGAAAUUCUGAAAAUUAUAAACAACUUAGAAAUGAAUCUCGUCAAAGAUAUGCCUAUAAAAACACAGAAAAGGUGCAGGUUUAUAAUAAAGAUUACUAUCAAAAGAAUAAGGAAAGAUUGGGAAAGAAAAAUCGAGAUUACAAUCGAAUGAAUAAAGAAAAGUGUAUAGAAUAUAUAGUCCCAAAUUAAGAAAAGAGCAAUCUGGAAAUAAUGAUGGAGCUUAUUUUGUUAAUC